AGCCUUUGCAAAAGUUGCCUAAAAGAAGGAUCUCUUGCUUGCAGACCAAGAAGAAGAUGAAGAAGUAAAAUGGGAACCUGCAGCUGGAGGGAAGUUAUCUGAAGAUGUUCUUCCCGUUGGGAUUGGAUGAAUUACUUCUGGUUUGAACAGUAUGGAUUCUAGAGCAAGGUCACUUGUAUAUGAAAGGUGCAGGCAACUGACAGAGGAGGACUAGUUGAUGGGUAAAGGAUUCCACCACAAGGAGCAGAAGAUAGUAGAGUCCAGUGGAUGUAAGAUAAGGAAAAGAUACUCCACAUUCCAUGGCCAGUUAGCUUUUGGUGGGAUUUUGAUGGGGAAAAUGAUUCCCCCCGCUGCCUCCCCCUAGAUUGCUUGAUUUAGUCUGAGGUUGAUUUUUUCCAGGAAUUUUGGACACAGUGAAACUGUGUGGGUCAAGCUGGCAGUGGGUGGUCAACCUGAAGUCUGAUACAUAAAAUCAUGUGAACAUUUACUGCUGUGAAAACCUAUGCUGUGUAACAAGGAGUUGAAUGUACAGUAACAGCAUGCCACUACUCUGUCACAUGUUGGCUGUUGUAGCAUUUGUUCAGAUCCUCCUCCUCUCAGGCAAUUGGAUUCUAGCCAAGAACAUCAACUUCUAUAAUGUGAGACUUCCAGUUGACCCUACUCCAUAUCCAAGCAGCUUCAAGUGUUUCACAUGUGACAAUGUUGUAGAUAAUUACAACUGUAACAGAUGGGCUGAAGAUAAAUGGUGUCCUCAGAACACACAGUACUGUUUAACAGUCCAUCACUUCACCAGCCAUGGAAGAAGCACCUCCGUAACAAAAAAAUGUGCUACCAGAGAAGAAUGCCAUUUUGUUGGCUGUCGUCACCGCAAGGAAACUAGUCGUAUGGAAUGCAUCUCCUGCUGUGAAGGGAUGAUCUGCAAUGUCGACAUACCAACAAACCAGACCAAUGCUGUGUUUGCAGUUGUACAUACACGGAGGACAUCAGGCAGCAGCAGGCAGGCCAUGAAUGCCCUGUUGCUAGUCUCAGUCACUGCCAUUUUUAUGUUAUGACAUGACUCUUCUUACCAGUUCGAAGUAAUUUAUCAGCUGGAGCUAUAUGAAGACUAUCUCAGAUGGCAAUGAAGAAGAGAGAAUCUUCCAAUAUCUAUUGUGUGAAGAAAGAAAAUGGACUAUGGUGCUGGAUCUUUGAAGACUACCCUGAAUAUAGUGGACGUGCUUGCAGAUGAAGUUACAGACUCUUCUGAAGAUCAAGUGGGAUGGACAGUUUUGUCAAUUUGACUAGUUAAAUUAAAUCUUCAUUUGGGUAACAAAAGCAUCUGGACUUUAUCACACACACACACACACACAUUUUUGCCAUGAGUAUGUUAAUGAAGGAAAGUGCACACAUGCUGGUUUGGGAGCACUCCCUACCACAUAUCAUUCAAUUAGCGUGAUCUACUGUACCCUCCUCUGCCCUCAUCCUCAACCCCGUCUCCCUAUCCUAUGUCCCCUUCCCAAUGUGCCUUGUGUUUAUGUGUAUGUGUUUUUUUAAACAUUGUUGUGGAGUUAUGUGAAUAUAGUUUAAAAACAGAACAAACAAACAAACAAAAAAAAAACAAGUGGAAAAAAAUCCACAAAAAGGAGAUUCUAGAAUAGUGAAGGGGAACAGGGAGAGGAGGAGACACUGACACCAUUUGAUCAUGCAGUCCUGGAAUUGCCAUGGGAAUAAUUUGCCACAUCUGAGGACUAGUGCUAUACUAGCACUAUUGGUUCUUAUUGACAGGUUUUUCUAUCAAAGGCUAAUCUUGCUUCAAGGACAAGGUAGAGAUGAGAAGGAGAUGACAUCAUGUGAUGGGUAUGGCCAAAAAAGCUAUUAUCUGACUUGUACUGUAUUGUGGUGUAAAAGUCACAUGUGAUAAAGUCGUCUAUGCUAUUGUAGCAAGGAAUUGUUGGAAAAUUGGGAAAGAUUAUUACACUUUUACUCACCUUUUAUCCCACUAGAUACCCGCACUACACUCUUAUAGUGCUGCUAUUCCAUUCUGGCUGCCUCCUGUUGCAUUCUGUGAUUUACAGUUUAAGGAGGGGCAUUUAUAAUUCUCAGCCAGAGAGCUCUUAGGCCUCACUGAACUACAAGCCUCAGAAUGCAACAAGAGGCAGACAGAGCAGACAAAGUGGAAUAACAUCACUAUGAGUGUAGUGAAGUAGUGUGGCCCAGUUUCCUUUGUUUUCUGAUAGCACUGAAUCUUUCAGUCAGAAUUCUUCUUAAUCUUUGUGUAAAAGCAAACAUCAGUGUUCCCCUCUGUGUGAUGCCUCUCCUUGAUGGGCUUCCAUGCAGUGCUGAAGCAACUCCUACUGUCUUCACUUGAUCCUCCCAAAUGAUGGUGCUCCUUCUGUCACAGUGGCUACCACCACAGAAAAAGGUGUAUGUGGGAGGCAGCAGGUGUUCCAGUGGGUUUGGCAAUGACCUGGGACCAUUGGCACGGGGUUGCUAACCAUAACCUCCUCUGAUGCAAGCCUUACUUGGUGUUAAGACUAAGCAGACUACACUUUCUUUUCAAUACACCCAAAAUAGGGUGGUGUGGGGUUAAAUGUCCUGUGGAUUGAGAAUUUGAACUAUACUCAGUCAGCACAGAUGUGAAUUGCAUUGUAUUUCUCUUCCUAAACCACUGCUAAAUGAUAAAGGAACAUUAUUAGGAGAAUAUGUAAAUACAGUGGGCCCUUGAUAUUCUAGGGUUUGGUGCAGGACCACCUGUCGAUACCAAAAUCCAUAGAUGCUCAAAUACCAUUAAAUAAAUUCGUCAUAGUAAAAUGAUCCAUUAUAUAAAAUGGCAAAAUCAAGGCUUGCUUGUUGGAAUUAAUAUAUUUUUUGAAUAUUUUCAAGCCAUAGAUUGUUGAAUCCAUAGAUAAAGAAUCUAUGGAUAUGGAGGGCCGACUGUACAAAGUCAGAUAGGUAAAGGUAACCAGAAUGCCUCUGUCUGCUCUAACUGUUUAAGAUGAUAAGUAAGAGCAAAAUUUGUAAAAUGUCCCUUGGCAGUUUUGCUUCAGUAACACAUAUUGACAUAUUUAUGUCUGGAUAAUAAAUACCCUGGUGUAUCUCAUGGGUUAAGCAUGGGGGGACAUCCAUUAGCAUCAUGGGGUGAGAUCUCCACCUUGGCUCAAUUCCCCAAGAAAUCACUGCCAAUAGCAUAAAUCAGGGCCGGGGGUGGUGGUGGUGGGAUAUAUUGUUACAUUUGAUGAAUCCAGGGUUUUUUCCCCAGCCUAAAAUGCCAAGCAAAUAUGUCCAAUUUCUGCCCCUUUUUACACUGAUGUAUGUAAAAAAAAUCAUAUUCAUAUCAUGCUGUGGUUUGAGCUUCUACUUACACAAGCACAUAGUAGUUUAAAGUAGUUUAUGUGCUGUUUUCUUUCCUCAUCUCUCCCAUCUCUAGGGCAGUGACCUCUGGAGGUGGGUGGUAGCUAUUCUCCAGAAUAGGAAUGGAAAGAUUUUGACCCUGUUUUGGGUAUCACCUCUAUCAAGCCCUACCAACUGUGGCCAGUGAAUAAGAGAU